AUGUCCGGGAAUAUCGCGCGGGUUACUCCACUCAAGGCUGCAGCCGCCGCAUCGAAGGAACCUACAGUGGUGGCCGAGAAGACAGUUGCAGUAGCAACUUCCUUUCCUUGCACAUCACCAUCAUUGAUGGUCAUUCCCCCACCGAUCGAGACGAAACCGGCUAUCGAUGAGUCCCCAGCGGCAGAGCCUCCGACAACGAAAGAAGUGCCAUCACCGUUUUCCCGAUCAAGCGCCGCCGAGGGCAUUCCUGUGACCAUCAACGCAAAUGUUCUUUCCAGCUCAGCUAAGAAGCUCGCCGGAAAUACCGUUGCGGUGACGAUUCCAUCUUCACCGACAAGAGCUCCAACCGUUGGGAAGUCACGCUUCUCGCCCGAAAUCUCCACCCAUGGUCCCGGAAGUACCCAGGAGCACAGGGGUCAGAUCAGGUCUACGGCAUCGACUGCCCUCGACCUGAAAUCAGUUCCAUUGAUGUCCCCAAUCAAUGGUUGGAAGUUCCGUAAGAAGCGCACAUGA